AAGAUUUUUAAUGAUUUUUUUCUCUUUGUUUGCUGCUAAAAACUGCGUUUGCAUCAAACACCCCAACUUAUUUGGUGGAAGCGAGAAGUUAGAUGUAACAUGGGAUAAGGGCUUAUAUGAUUCAAAUAUAUUGCUGGCAUAUAGGAGGCCAAGACCCCAAUGGCUUUCUCAACAAUGUUUUGUAAUUCAGCAUUCACUUUCACCUGAGAUUGCGGUGCAUGGUACACCUUUGGAUAAUUUCUCUCGUUCAGGGAGUGGAGGUGUGAAUUUGUCUAGAUUUUCUGUUGGGUUGGAUCUAAAUGAGCCUGGAAGUUCAAAAUGGAGCAACACAACUAGCAUAAAGUUUGAGCAUGUUCGCCCAGUGAAUGAUGGUGGUCGCUCUAUAACUAGAGAUCUUGAAGGCUUUCCUGUGACUUGCAGUGGCAAUGCGCAUGAUAGUAUGGUAGUUUUAAAGCAAGAGACUCGAUAUGCAAAAGCAAAUGAUUCCAGUUUUUCUCGUUUUAGUAUGCAAGUAGAACAAGGUAUCCCAGUUCUCUCAAAGUGGCUAAUCUUCAAUCGCUUCAAAUUUGUUGCAUCAAAGGGCGUCAAGCUUGGACCUGCCUUUCUAUUAGGAAGCUUGACAGGUGGGUCCAUUGUUGGAGACAUGGCUCCUUAUCAGGCAUUUGCAGUUGGAGGUCUUGGUAGUGUGCGGGGCUAUGGUGAAGGAGCUGUAGGAUCUGGAAGAUCAUGUUUAGUUGCCAAUACUGAACUGACACUCCCUUUGUGCAAGAUGUUGGAAGGCUCUGUUUUCCUGGAUUGUGGAUCUGAUUUGGGCAGUGGUUGUCAUGUUCCCGGAAAUCCAGCACUGAGACAUAACAAACCGGGGUCUGGAGUUGGGUUUGGAUAUGGACUUCGAUUCAAGUCCCCGUUUGGUCACUUUCAGGUUGAUUAUGCCAUCAAUGCGUUUCAACAGAAAACUGUAUACUUCGGUGUCACCAACCAUGCCUCAUGAGGUUGGCCAAAAAGGAAAGCCUUGCUUCAUGAGUGGCUUGAGCAAACAAGAUAAAUAUGGAAAGGAAAAGAAAAAAGAUGGAGGUGCAUAGGGCAAUAUGAAGAUUGGCAUCAAUUCUCAUCUCCAAAGAAAGUAGUGGCUACUCCUCACUCAACUACUGGGGCUGCAGGUUUCUUGAGAAGUAUUUCAGCUGCAUUUUGCCAAGGGUAAUUCUUAUUUUCCCUUCUUACUGCGGCAAACUGACUUACAAAAUCACAUGCUAUUGGGAAUUUCAAUUCUUUGGCCUAGUAGACACUGUCAUUCAUUUUUAUGAAAUGUUGCAUUUUUUCAGGGAAAUAAAAAAGAAAGAAUGGUAAAAAAUUUUACAAAAACAGUUAAGGAUAAUAAAAUUUACUAUGGAAAUGAUUUUUUUUUUCUUUCAUAUCCUUGUAAUGUAACUCCUCGUAGAGAUUCUUUUGACCUUAGCUGAAAUGAGGCUAACUCGAAAACAAGAAUUAGAAAGCCCAGAAAGCAGAGAAAAUUUGUGUACCUGAACCAGAAUAAUAAAGUUUGCUGUAGCUU